AUGGCGACACAGGAAGAUAUGCCUGAUAACGUACGGGAGAAUGUGCCGAGAGAUGCCAUAGAGAUAGAAUCUGUGGAUAGUGAACAUAGAGAAAAUGUUGACGAUGAGGGGGAAGGAGAGGAAGAAGAAGGUGGCAAUGAGGACGGCUACGAUUAUGAUGGAGGUGAAGACGAGGAAGAAUAUUUGGAAGAUGAGGAUGUUGACACCGAUGAGGGUGAUGUGAAUCCGGAUGACGAUUAA